AGAAGAAAGAGUCCUAUACAGUUUUUAAAUGACAUUCAAAAAAAAGAAUUUGUAUUUUUGGGGUGAACUAUCCCUUUCAGUAAUGUCUCGAUAUAGUACAUACAGAUGAGGGCAGCAUUGUUCAAAAGACAUAAACCAAUUGAAUGUACAAAUUCUACUGCAGUAAUUCUUUCUCCACAACAGGGGGCAGCAUGACUUAAAGACAAAGUUCAGUUUGACAACUACAGUAGAUUUAGAAAAUCUAUAACUCACUAACUAAUUCAAUAAGUCAAUUCUAGAAGGCAAGAAUUAUAUAUAUAUAUCUGUAUGUAGGUUAAAAUAACUUGAUCUUAACAAAAAUCGAAAAACAGUGUCAUACGUGUCAACAUUAAAAAUCUGAUAUUUAACAUGAAAUUUAAAGGCAUAGUUCGGCCUAAAUUGAAAAAAAAUUAUUUACUUACCCUCAAGUUUAAAAAAGUAAAAAAUGAUUUUUUGACAAAUUUUUAUGACCAAACUGGGGCACUAUUGACUGUCAUAGUAGGGAAAAACUAUUAUGGUAAUCAGUAGUGCCCCAGAACUGUAGGAUUACAUACAUUCUUGCAAAUAUUUUGUGUUCCACAGAACAAAGAAAUUAAUACAGGUUGGGAAAAAUGGAGGGUGAGCAAAUGAUGACAGAAUUUUCAUUUUCGGGCGAACCAUCCCUUUAAACCUGGAAGAUAAUGGAUGAGAAAAAUGCCAAGAAAUAUGAUACAUUUCUGCUUUUUAUGACCAUUUAUGUUUAUUCUUGACUGUUAAUAAAAUCUCAUGGACUCAUGGAAUGUUUGAUGUCCAAACAAUAUUGUCUCUGUACAAAUGUAUUCACAAUUAGAGCAUCAAAAACAAAAUCUAUAUGCCCUUUGGGGUCUCCAAGUGACCUAUUGGGAUUAAAAAGAUGUUUUCAUCCAUUUGUUCCGUGUUAUUCUAUUUAAGGCUAUUUAACUUAAAGAGUAAAGAUUCUGGACUAAUCCUUGGUUACUAAUCAAAGAAGCAGUGACAUUGGUAAUUUCAUUGACGCAUAUAAAAUGCUCUUUGCAGCCUUCUCAAACUCAAACCACACUGUGAUAACAUGAAUCAUCCGGUUUUUUGGACAAUGUCAUAGCUGUCAUUAAAAUCUAAAGGGGGCCUUCGAAAUAACACUCGGUGGACUUUUCAACAGCACUGUAUGUACAGUACAACACGAUCUCAUCCCUGUGUAAAGAGAGUACUUCAAUAGUUCACUCAUCACGCUGAAACAGAAAGUUCAAGUCAAACGCAUCGCAUUGUCUGCUUAAAACAAUUGUCAAAAAUUUACCCAAGCUGUCACUGGAGCAGACAUUCAAAAAGUACACAUUUGCACCUAAAGAGCGCAUAUUCGCACCAAAUGUAAUAUGUAUACGUACCCAUACCAAAAUGGUACAUAUUUUUACCAUCCCAUUGACAGUUUGCGUACAUUAUUUGACUUUUUUCUCUGACAGUGAGGGAUAGUGUAGUGAGAAAAUGCAAACCACCAUAUCCAUUUAUACAUACAUUUUUUUCCGAAUUCUAUUUUUCACAUGUUGGUGUGCAACACUGUUGAAACUUUACUACCACCCUGAAAGUAUGGAAACCAGGCGACGUAUCAUUCACGAAAAGAAAGAAAGCGUUAUUAAAGUUAUAGCGUCUCGUUUCGAGCCAUAAUUGAGAGUCACGAGGCAGAACACGGCAGAAUAAAGAGUCGUAAAGCCUUAAUUUUGUAAUAUUGCGGCAAUUACUGUGGAAAUCUAUGAUGGAAACAGCAAUCUGAUUGUCUUAGAUGAUGGAUGGGCUUAUUUCAGAGUGAUCUAGAUGGCGGUAAACCUAUGAUUAAAACCUAAAGCGUGUAAAGAGAGUAUUUCACUAUUUGUAACAAAAAGUCCAAUAUGAACAGCCUUCCCCUAGUUUGAUGAAAAGCGCGGCACAGAUUUUGGCUUCACGCAGCUAUUUUCAAUCAUUCAUUCAUUUGAUUUUCCAUUCUUAGGUUUUUUAUGUAACAACAUCCCAAGCUUCUUUGAUCACACAGCCUGCUUAUAUUUCGGCAUGAAAUGAAACCAGCAUCAUAGGGGGCUGUAACUUCUCUGUUUAUGAGAAAACAGAAUGACCCAUUCAGGAAUUUCCUCUCUUACACAGCAGAAACCGCACAGGAUAGAUAGUCCCAGCAUUUGUAAUUAAUCCUUAGGGAAACAUUUGAGGGGUGAUGUAGUUCCUAUUAUCACACUUAAUUUAGCUCAGGGAAUCUAAUUUAGGAAACUAUUUAGAGAGAUAUAAAGACUCCCACUCUCUCUACAAAGGGAGGAUACCCACAACCUCCGAUAGAAAAAAGUGACUUUGAAAGAAACGGUUAUAGGCUUCUAACCAAGUGCUAGUCAAUCAUGUAUGAAAGUCGGGUGUAUUGAAUGGAGCUACAUUGAAUAAGAUUGAGGCAUUGUUAAAUUGAGUUACAGACGAGAUGAGUGUAAAAACGCGUUAGAAAAAGCAAAUAAUCUCUGAAUGUCUAACAUUUGCUGUUAGAGAAUACAUGUACAUCAGAACUAGAAAAACUUGAAGGGGAGGUGGAAAUGUGAAUGCAUUACCUGUGAUUAGUGUUAUUUAUUUUAAAGUGGCUCGGAGCUGUCACUGAACCUCCUAUAAUCUGUUUUACCUUUUUUUCGUACUUAUUUUUUUAUUGUAUACUCAUAAUCACGUUUAGUUUUUGCUGAGCUUAAAUAUUUUCUCUUUUCUUUGUAUCCUAGAUUUGGACAACUAUGACAGAUGUUCCUUCAAGUAAAAACAAAUAAAAAUGCUCCUUCAUGGGAAAACCUUAUUCUGUUUUAUUAUAUUCUAUGUUGCUCUAUUGUAUCACGCUGGAGGAAAUACAAUGCGCAGAAGAAUUGUGAUCAUUUUAGAGUCAUAAAUAUAAAAAAAGCGCUGAAGUGGUAAACGUAUAAACACAUAACAAUAAAUACAAUGCUCAUCAAACUAAUAUCUGAUAAUAGAUUUAUUUGAAAAAAUAUUGUGGAUGUGAUCUUGUGUAAAUAGUACCGUUUUAGAUAUAUUUGAUGUAUUUCGGGCCUUAAAUAAGUUUAUAUUGGACUGUAAAUAACAUAACCCAAGAUUGAAUUGUAUAUGGUCUCUUGUGUAAUUAAAUAAAUUUUACAUUAAUAAUAAAUCACAGUAUAAAAAGUCAAUGCACAAAGUUUACGUUUAGAUCUGGUUCAAAGUUCAUCUUGAGCUGGCCCAUUGUUCAUUCCUCAUCAUGUUAAUGUUUACACACGGGCGUCUUUUUCUCUCUCACUUCCUCUUACCCUUUCAGCUCAGUUUUUAAAUGCAAAAACUUUUUCCACUCAUACGUCUACAUGAAAUAUCUCUGAAAAUAGAGAAUGGAUAUUAGUCUACCAGCAAUUUCGUUGUAAACCGUGCCUGAAGGAUCGCUCGUUACAUCUACUCACAAAAGGAAGUCUGGCGGUAGAAACUGUGUUUUCUAAGGACAGAUAAGGUUCAGAACUGAUGGCAAUCGAAAGGGUGACCGAUGUCCCCUCUGAUAAUGUAUAUGCGUAUGCAAUAUCAAAAACCCUUACAAAGGUCUCAUCUCCCGUCACUGUGGGUUUGUAUUCAGAAUGUCACAACAGGAUCAACAUGGUCCUCAAGAACAUUGAGGUCCACAUGAAUCUAGAGGCGGAAAGAAGAGAACAGAGGAACAAUAAGGAAGUAAAGCCACGCUCAAUUAAACCCUCCAUAUGUGACCUGCUAUCUCUCAUCGUGAGUCUUCUCUUCUAUCGACCUGUGUGGACGGAGCAGAAUCAGAAGCGGAGGAAUAUUCGUUACGUGUUUGUGCGGUUCAGCGCCUGGCAUUUUGCAGGCAGUGACAUGCUCUGGGCUGGACUGGUUAUGCAGUUGUUCAAAGCUUUCCAAAAGAACUUCGGUAAGCUUCAGCUGGGCCUCUUCAGGAUUGCGCAAUACGACGAAGAGAAUGAUGCAGGGAAGAAAAAGGUCGAGGACACUCUGAAAGACUGGAGGUCCAAGAACUUGUGCUGCAUUCCCAUUUGGGCUUUAACACUGAUGGCAUUUAUCGGCACACUUCUCAUUCUCAUCCCGCUUAUUAUAUUUGGAUUUCCUUAUCUGAAAGACAAGCCAGAAGGUGAGCAAGAUAAUGAAUCACAUGCGUAUGGUGUGCUAGAGGGCUUUGCCAUUGCGGUACUAGGUGUUCCUGCAGCUGGAGCUGUAAGAUUUAUAUUCUUGUUGUUGAAGAAUCUUAUAUUCAACCAGGACCUCACGGUUAGACAAGGACUGGACAACCAGAAGGUCAGUCAGCAGUUGGGACUAAUGAAUGAAGUUCGGAAAGAGAUGAGACUGCUGUGCUGCUUCAUUCACUUCAUGGAGAUCUUUGAGAGAAGGAAGAUCAGAGUGGUGCUGCAGAUCACCAACUUGGAUCGGUGCACGCCAAGGAAAAUAGUCGGCGUUUUGGAUGCAGUCAACAUACUUCUAUCUGAUGAAGAGAGUCCGUUGAUUUCCCUCCUCGCCGUUGACCCGGAAGUGCUGGUUAGACAAGUGGACCAGGCCGAGGAUUGUUUGGGCAAAAGAAAUUCGGCGUAUGACUUUCUAGAUCGUAUAGUCACGCUGCCCUUCACCGUACCUAAACUGUGUGAUGCAUCAAAGUGCAAAGUCUUUAAGAACAUCGUCCGUGGUCAGUCUGAGAUCCCUGAAGACUUUCCUCUUGGUUUAGGUGCCCCCAAUACCUCGAUCGCUUUAGAAGAUGAGUGUUCUGUAAAGAACGAGAAUGAGGAAGAUCAAGUGUCCCCUUUGAUUGCAAAAAAUGUAAAACCUCAAACUUUUACACCCGCAGAACUAAGUCUAGAAGAUGUGGAUAAGUCCAUCGAUUUGGCAUUUCAGCACAUCCUUUCCAGAGAUGACAGCAACCUUCAAACUUACAUAUCUGGUGACACCAUGUCCAUGAGAAGAGUGAUUAACUCCAUUCGAGUCACUUUUAUUAUUAUGGAGACACUGAAAUUGGAGCCUCCGGCUCCCAAGAAGAUCGCAGCCUGGGUGGUUUUGGCGGACCUCUGGCCUUGCAGACUAAGCUGGAUCCUGCAGUGUGUGGAAGAUGACGUACAAAGAGCCGAAAUAGAUGGGCAAUGCGAAACAUUUUGUGCUCCUGAGGAGACCAAGACAUUGUGGGAGGUGUUUAAUGAACACAGUCUUGAAUUUUACCUGCUUGGACACGAGGCUGAGAACUUUUUGGAAAGAGAUGGGGAUCCUGAGCUUUUUGAGAUGUUUCUGAGGAGAGACUUUAGGUUCACAGUUGGAGAGGUGAAGAGGUUUUUGUUUUGCACGGUGAACUUAAACUAUUCGAUCAAGAAUGAGCUGGCCAGAAUACGUGGGAGCCACGGUUUGAAAAAAGCAGCGAGAAAUAUGUUCAACACGAUCGCAGCGAAAAAAGUCAUCGGCAUGAAGACAGAAGAUGUUUGUGAAGAGCUGUCUCGGCUCGACUUUCCGGAGAAGUACUUGAAGACGGUAAGGGAAAAUUUCCUAGACGGUCAAACAAUCCUACUCAGUAACCCCCCAGACCUCAGGCAGGUCCUGCAAAUGACUCUCGGUGAAUGGACAUCUUUUAAAAUUCAUUUCCUCGGGGUCACGCCUUCUAGCCGACCAGAUCUGGCACAGUCUCUUCCAAAAGCCACAAGCCCUGCAGUGGUCAUAUGUCCAUCUGGCCACGGCCAGCAUACGAUAUAAGUGACCUUGAGGUGUGCAUCUGCGCAGAGACGGUUUCAGAAAACAACGUUGCAUCCCUAAGAAAAUAUAAUUAUUUUAUGGCAAGGCAUGCCAAGACUGUAAAUGUACACCAGUGAUUUGGAGUACCCACAGAAUGAUGACUCUUGAAAAUAAAAGAGCCUUUUUAUGCGCAAGACAUCGCUUGCAAACGGAUGACAUUUUUGAGCUGUAUUAUUUAUAUGGGGAAUAAAAGUUUUAAGAUUACUAAAAGAUUUUUCUGUGUUUUAAAAUGAAACAUUUCUGCAUGAAUAAAAAUAAAAAGAUGCCA